AUGACGUGCCCACUUGGGUAUUUCUGUCAAUUUAGUCAAAGCAACAAGCAGUUCCAAUGCUGUGGCAUUCCAAGUGACUGCCCUCAUCCAAUGGUAGCCUUCAUUGGAAUUUCUGGCGAACACCAACAUUGCUCUAUGAGUGGAGGUCAAAUGUGUCCCGAAGGAUAUAGCUGCGUCAAAGGAAAAAAAGGAGAAGAGAUAUGCUGCGCUGGUGGCGAAGCAUGCGAGGUGACACAGGUAUCAGUGGACGGCAGAUGCUUACCCCUUCAGCACAUCGGAAAUAGGUGUGAGCAUACCUCUCAGUGCUUGGGAGGAUCCUUCUGCAUUGAAAAUGCCUGUCAAUGUCCUUCGGGAAUGGUAGAAGAAAAACAGAGAUGUGUCAGUGAAAUAAAAAGUUGUGCUUCAAAUCAAGUUUUGUUCGAUGAUGAAUGUUUCCCAGUGGUAUCCUUAGGCAGAGCAUGCGUUCACUCCAUACAGUGUAGAGGUGGUGGAAAAUGUGAAGAGGGAGUAUGCACUUGCCCUUCAAACACUGUUAGAAAGCUCGAACGUUGCGAACAAAAAGAGCGCAUUGUCGUUUCCACGUCUCCCAGUACUUCACUGCGCCCAGCUAUUGAUGGAACAACGGAUCAAAAAGAUGAUAAACAAAAGACAGCUCCUGCCACAGGUAUGGGGACUAAGUACAGUACAGAGGCUUCCAUCAAUUCUAAUUUACUUCUAUUACCAGCACAAGUAUAAUU